CAUAAAGAAAUUGUAUAUUUUAAAACUCCACUGAAUAUUUUCGCUCCUUAUAAUAAUCAUUAACAUUCAUUAUUCGAAGUUAGUAACCACAUUUCAGUUUCGUCUGUUUGUAUCAAUUUAAUCGUCUUUCUCGUCUCGUAGGAGAAAAAUGUCGUUGAUGGAUAAUCUAUUAGGUAUCCUCCGCGUUCGUGUCAAACGCGGUGUAAACCUCGCCGUACGUGAUGUCUCUAGCAGCGAUCCUUACGUCGUCCUCAAGCUAGGUCGCCAGAAACUCAAAACUAGAGUGGUGAAGAAAAACAUAAACCCACAAUGGGAAGAAGAUUUGACAUUCACAGUCACCGACCCUAAUCUCCCGCUCACUCUGAUAGUGUACGACCACGACCUCUUCAGCAAAGACGACAAAAUGGGAAACGCAGAGAUCGAUUUGAAACCGUACAUAGAAGCUUUACGAAUGGAGCUCUCAGGUUUACCAGAAGGAACCAUCAUAACAACGAUCGGUCCAAACCGUGGAAACUGCUUAGCUGAAGAAAGCUACAUCCGUUGGAUCAACGACCGUAUCGUUCAGAACAUUUGUCUCCGACUCCGCAACGUCGAGCGUGGUGAAGUCGAGAUCGAACUCCAAUGGAUUGAUCUCCCCGGUUCUAAAGGCUUGUAAACAAAAAUUUAACAAUUACUUAUGGGCUUUUCUCCUAUAUUGUGCUAAGCCCAUAUACGAGAGUCCGGCUCGGUAAUUUUAUACACACAAAGAAAAAAAAAAAAAACAUAUACUAAAAUUGAAAACAUACUUUAUGAUAAAAGUAUUUAAUAAAAUAUGUGUGUUUGAAGCCAUUGGUUUUGCGUCUGCCCAAGACGACGGCACGAAUUUUAGUGAUUGAUGUUUAGUUUAAAAGGAAUCAUCAAG